AACACAGGAGUGGCGCUCACGAGCUCUUUAUCAGCGUCCGGUCAGUCAGUGUCACUGGAGAGCUAGUGCGAUCCUCGGCAGUGUUCUGAGACUGCACUAACUGCUCCGGUCAUUACUGGGAAUGUCAUGAGAAUGGACAUUACGAAGGUGAAAUAACAAAAUAAAGGCAUUUGUGAGAAUAAUACGCGUUUUUCUUCUUUCGGAAAAGUUAAGGGAAUUAAUUAGCCUAUAGUAGGCUACGCAGGACAAGGUUGUCUUCAGCAUUGGCGCAUCAUGACAGCCGAGAGAGAGAGAAAAAGGCAUCCUUCAGAAAGGCGCAAGGAAAAGUCUCGUGAUGCAGCACGCAGCAGGCGCAGUAAAGAGACUGAGGUGUUCUAUGAGCUGGCCCAUCAGCUGCCGUUACCCCACAGCAUCAGCUCUCACCUGGACAAAGCCUCCAUCAUGAGACUAGCUAUCAGCUUUCUGCGCACACACAAACUCUUCAACGCAGGCCGCACAGUGCAACAAACCCGGUACCAGGAUGACAGUCAGUUGGACAGUCUAUAUCUGAAGUCUCUGGAAGGCUUUGUUGCUGUGGUAACAUCAGACGGAGACAUGAUAUUCCUUUCGGAAAACGUCAGUAAAUUUAUGGGCCUUACGCAGGUGGAACUGACAGGCCACAGCAUCUUUGACUUCACUCACCCCUGCGAUCAUGAAGAAAUCCGAGAGAAUCUCAGUGUCAAAUCAGGACCUGUGUAUGGCAGAAGAGGUAAAGACAUGAGCACGGGCAGAGAUUUCUUUAUGAGGAUGAAGUGUACGGUCACCAACAGAGGUCGCACUGUGAACCUUAAAUCAGCCAGCUGGAAGGUGCUGCAUUGCACGGGGCAUCUGCAAGUGUGCAGCAGCCGACCCCCUCAAGUCCUGUGUGGGUUUUCGGAGCCACCCCUCACAUGCGUCACUUUGCUGUGUGCGCCGAUCCCACACCCCUCUAAUGUCGACACACCUCUUGACAGCAAGACGUUCAUGAGCAGACACAGUAUGGACAUGAAGUUUAUCUACUGCGAUGAGAGAAUCAGCCGCUUGAUUGGAUACCAACCAGAGGAACUUCUUGGCCGUUCGAUGUAUGAGUUUUGCCAUGCUUUGGAUUCUGAAAGCAUAACAAAGAGCCACCAAAAUCUUUGUAACAAGGGCCAAGUGGUGAGUGGCCUGUACAGAAUGCUAGCGAAGCAUGGGGGCUACGUUUGGGUGGAGACCCAGGCAACCGUCAUCUACAACAACCGCAACUCCCAACCACAGUGCAUCAUCUGCAUCAAUUACGUCCUGAGUUCUGUUGAGGAGCAGUCCCUCAUCUUCUCCCUGGAUCAGACGGAGGCUUUUUUCAAGCCUUACCACAUGCGUAGCAUGGAAGAACUGUUCAGCCAGGGUGGAGCUUCCUCCGUUUCAGAAGCUCAGGACAUUCUUUUCACUAAGCUCAAGGAGGAGCCUGAGGAGUUAGCUAAGUUAGCGCCCAUGCCAGGAGACGCCAUCAUCGCCCUAGACUUUGAAAGGCCAGAGUUUGAAGAACCUACUUACUUCUCCAAGUCCACCAAGCUUCCUGUGAUGGGACAGUCAUGGGUUGUGGACACUCCACCUGAUGGCAGUCCUGAUAGAAACCUGUCCAGCAUUCUCUCCACCUUCACCGUACCCCAGGCGCCUCCUGUGGGCAAUUGCACGCCCUGUACCACACCCUGCUUGAGUGGCUGCAGCAGUAGUUCUACACCUAGCAGUCCAGUAGAUUACUGUGGCAGUGGAGAGAGUGAUCUGAAGGUGGAACUGACAGAGAAGCUAUUUGCUCCUGAAUCUGUAGCAACAAAUCCCACAGACUCCCAGUUGGACCUGAGCGAUCUGGACUUGGAGACUCUUGCUCCAUAUAUCCCAAUGGACGAUGAGGACUUCCAGCUGCACCCCGUUUGUCUAGAGGAGCCGGCGCCUGACACAAGUCCAGACCUGAGCAAAGCCCUCCAGCACAGCUUCAGCAGUGUAGCUGACCUCUUCCAGCCCCUGAGUCCAUUCCCUCCUGACAACAAGAGCAGUCCUCACACGUGUCCAGACACGGCUCAUGUGCAGCCUUUCCAAACCGCACUAAACGUCCCACUCUCUUCUGAGGAGGGUAGACAGAGUCUUCAGUGGCCCCCUGACCCACCAUCACAAUAUCAACGCACAGAUAUUAGAUGCAUGGAUGACGGAAACACAACAGAUCCAGGACAAACAUGCAAUUUCACUGCUGGACUGCCACAGCAAAGGUUCUUUGAGAGCUUUGCCCCUGUACAGAAAAGCAUGAGUAUGGGACAGACCGCUCUCCACAACAACUUCAAACGGAAGCGGCCGUCAGAGUUCGGUUUGUCAUGCUCUUUCUCCGAUAUUCCAAAGGUGGUACCGCCUCACAAGUCUACAGAUGGAAUGCGAAAAAGGAUGAAGACGAUGAACGUCGACAGCUGUGCCUUCUCUGUCAGAAAGUCUCUCAGCACGAGUGUUCUCACAGACAAAUUUCCAUGCAUGCAAAGUGGAUCUGUCAAAGGGACCUCAGAGGAUCUCAAACAGCAUUUCACAGAGUCAUUCUGCUCUCCCAGUAACAGACAAUACCACAUGAUGCCUUCACACAAACACUCAGGCAUGAUAAGUCAACUGUUGGGCCCAUCCUUUGACUCGUACUGUCUGCCAGAGCUGACACGAUAUGACUGCGAGGUAAACGUGCCUCUACAGGGAAACUUGCAUUUGCUUCAGGGCAGUGACCUUCUGAGAGCCUUGGACCAGAUCAAGUAAACCCAGAGCUUCUUCAGCGAUCCAUUCACCCAAUGCUUUUUCAUCCCAUCUUUGUCUGUAUAUGCUAUUGUUGUCUUGUAUGCAUGUAUUAUCAGCCUUUAUUUAGACCUAUGUGUACAUUUUCCUUUAACAUCUAUGUGAUAUUUUAAUAUAUAUUUGAAAAAUCUGA